AAAGCACAUGCACUUCGGGAGCUUUCAGUAGGAGUAGCCGUUUGCAGUUGGCAAACAUUCAGAAGAGAAUUUUUAACUGUAAGCACUGCCGGUUCAGUCGUCGUCGAAAUAUUUCCUAUCUACAAUGGACUACAAGCGCGUGGACUCGCCGCCGCCCUAUUCGGAUGACUUCGCCACCGCUCCUCCGGCCGAGAUGGACCUGCACCAGUCGCCGUCGCACCAGCUCUACCCGCAGGUUCCCCAGGCCUCUCAGAUGGAGCCGAUGUCACCACCACCACCGCAGCCGGUGAGCGUGAUCCAUCACCAGACUACUGUUUUGGUGGACACUCCCGGCCAGGGAAUGAUAUGUCCCCAUUGCAACGCCCGGAUUCGCGUUCGAGUGGAGCACCAUCCUACCGGAAAGACCUAUUGCCUGGCGGCGUUCCUCUGCCUGUUCCUUUGCUGGCCCUGCGUCUGCGCCCCUUGCUGCUGCAACUGCUGCUACAAGACCUCCCAGUUCUGCCCCAACUGCAACGCCUGUUUGGGAUCGUUUUGAAGACGCCAGCGAAAACACUCGCCGAUUUCAUAUGUACACCAUUAUUUUCAUAUUCGUAUAUAACUAAGCA